AUGGCAGUGAAUGUGUAUUCUACUUCAGUGACCAGCGAUAACCUGAGCCGACAUGACAUGCUGGCCUGGAUCAACGAGUCCCUGCAGCUGACCCUGACCAAGAUCGAACAGCUCUGCUCGGGUGCUGCCUACUGCCAGUUUAUGGACAUGCUCUUCCCAGGCUCUGUAGCACUCAAGAAAGUGAAGUUUCAAGCCAAGCUGGAGCACGAGUACAUCCAGAACUUCAAGGUUCUACAAGCAGGUUUCAAACGAAUGGGUGUUGACAAAAUAAUUCCUGUGGACAAAUUAGUGAAAGGAAAAUUUCAGGACAACUUUGAAUUUGUUCAAUGGUUCAAAAAAUUCUUUGAUGCAAACUAUGAUGGGAAGGAGUAUGACCCUGUUGCUGCUAGACAAGGCCAAGAGACAGUAGCACCAAACCUGGUUACUCCAGUGAUGAACAAACCCAAGAAAUCUCUCAGCUCAAACACUGCAGCCCCACAGAGGCCCAUGGUGACGCAGAGGACUGCAGCCACCCCCAAGGCUGGCACUGGGAUGGUCAAAAAGGCAGCAGGAGACGAGGAGUCAGCAGGGCUGAUCGAGCAGAUCAAUGUAUUGAAACUUACUGUUGAAGAUCUGGAGAAGGAGAGAGACUUCUACUUUGGCAAGCUGAGGAACAUUGAACUGAUCUGCCAGGAGAAUGAAGGGGAGAAUGACCCAGUGCUGCAGAGGAUUGUGGAAAUUCUUUAUGCCACAGAUGAAGGUUUUGUGAUACCUGACGAAGGAGCACCACAGGAAGAACAAGAAGAGUAUUAACAGACCACCUACUGUACCAGCA